UAAUACACUAUUUUUUUUUCUUUGGGUUCGUAUUUAACCCGAAGAAAAAAAACUUAGUAAACAUGAAACCCAAAGAAAGCCCAAAACAAUCCCAAGGACGAUAGCCUUUGAAGCAAAACAUAAGCCACACCAUCAUCGUCGAUUGAAGUAGAAAUUCCAAAGGUUUCACUUAGCAGAUUGUCACUUCCUUCCCACGGCUAACAUCAAAAGCCAGAAGCAGCGAACAGCCUCCAGAUGGAAGAUACAUCAUUUCUCAAUAGAAUGCUUCUCCAGCUUCGCUCGACUUGCAAAUACUACAGUGGUUACCCUAAGGAUCUUGGGCCAUCACGUGUUCUUCAUUUUACAUCAGAAAGAGAGUUUGUCCAACUCCUCCACCAGGGCUAUCCUGUCGUCGUCGCAUUCACCAUAAGAAGUAACUACACACAACAUCUUGAUCGGAUGCUUGAGGAAGCUGCUGCUGAGUUCUAUCCCAACAUCAAAUUUAUGCGUGUUGAGUGCCCUAAGUAUCCCGGAUUCUGCAUAACUCGCCAGAAAAGCGAGUAUCCUUUCAUUGAAAUAUUCCAUAGCCCACAACAAGCGGGUAGUGAAGGAAAGGUACAGGACCCAAAUAUCACCCGAUAUUCAGUGAAAGUUGUUCCUUACAACUAUGAUAUGAGCCCCUAUGGGUUCAGAGAGUUCUUCAAGCGCCAGGGGGUUCGUACUUCGUAUCCCAAAUGAAGCAACUUGAAGGUCUGUUACGUAUUCGUAAGCUUUUAUGAGUGUAUCAAUGGCCUCUAUGAGCUACAAAAUGAUGACGGUUUUCAAGAACUUUUGUAUUUCCUAAUUUCCCUCAAAUAAAUUCUCUCUGACGUUUGAAAAUGUUACAAUUUGCAUGAAUCAGUAAUCAUCAUUAAUCAGAGCUGUGUAGAUUAAGAAUGGUCAAGGAAGAAGCGCAUUUCUGUGAACCAUA